GGAUCUCCUUCUCGAAACGCGCACGACUGUCGACGGAACACCGACCGCGAGUCGCGACUCUCCUCGCCAUGGAUGUCGCCGCGUUCUCCGAGGACAGCUUCGAUGUGAAGGAAUGGAUCAACCGGACGUUCAAAUCCGCCGAAGCGCAGGAGAACAAAGACGCUUUUGUUUCAUCAUUAGUGAUGAAGUUGCAAUUAUAUGUGCAACAAGUUAAUGGUGCCUUAGAAGAGACUAGCCAAUCGGUUCUCUCCAGCUUACCAAGAAUUUUAAGAGACACUCAACUCCUGCAGCAAGAAACACUGGCACUAAGAGAAAAAAUGAUUGCUGUCAAGCAAGAGAUUGCAAAGAUCGAGAAAGACACGGCUUCUUCUAUGGCAAUGUUGGAGAAAAUCGAUAGGAUAAAAACGGAAUUACAAACUGCUAAGCAAGGAUUACACGAAGCCGACAAUUGGACAGUAUUAGCGAAUGAUGUGGAAGAGGUAUUCGAGUCUGGCGAUAUAGAAGCUAUAUCUAAUAAAUUGUUCAGCAUGCAGAAAUCGCUAGCUAUGCUUGCGAAUGUUGUCGAUUAUGAGGAUAAAAAGUUGCAGCUAGAAGGCUUGAAAAAUCGCCUCGAGGCAAUAGCUAGUCCACGAUUGGUCCAAGCUUUUACUGCUGCCAAUUUAGAACAAUCGAAAACUUACGUGGAUAUUUUUGGUAAGAUGGAACGUCUGCCUCAGCUUCUCAAAUACUAUCACAAUUGCUUGAAGGUCUCUUUAGGUCAAGAAUGGAGACGCACUAUUGAAUUAGCACAAGAUGAAAAUGUUACCUAUUGGCUACGCGUAUAUUAUGACAAAUUGUUAUCCUCUUGGCAUGAACAGGUGAAAUGGUGCAAUCAAGUCUUUCCUAAUACUUCAAUAGAUAUUCAUGUCGAGGUUUACGCUGACCUUUUAAAAAGCCUCGAUCCGAGUAUUUCAGAAUGUAUAGAGGCGAUUCUCAAACAACAUUCGAAUUCGGUGCAGUUGACCAUUCUACACGAAUUGAAACAGAUGACAAAGUAUUUUGCUACAAAUCUUAACGGUGCUAUCGAAACGUCUCUUCGCGGAAAAUUGCAGAAUGAAAAAUUAUUGUCACUAGCGCAAGCUGUAUACGCACCUUACGUUCCUUACAUUGCGAAAUAUAACACGUUCCAAACUGCACAGUUAGAACACCACCUACAGUUUUGGCAUCAUUCACAUGAUGAUUUAAGCGAUACUAUCAACUCCCUUUCUCUUAGUAUUUCGCGGAUUAUGGGCUAUGCUAGUGACGCUAAUAAGCAAUGUAAGCUUUUUACAGAAGGUUGUGGAUAUCCCGGUUUACUGCAAUCGUUAAAUAUUUUUUUCAACAAAUACCUUGAGAAAUAUCAACAAGGUCUGAGACAACUUGAGAGAAAGAAAGUGAAACAUGAAGAUUGGAAUUUAUUCCAAAUGUGUCUUACGUUGAUGCAAAAUAUAGGUGAUCUUUUGCAUCAAGUUCAACAAUUUGAAAAAUCGCUCGUGAUCGACAUAACGGAAGCUAGUAAUAAAAUACAAAACACAAACGGUAGUGUUUUCUGUCAGUAUAAAAAAUUACUCUUAACUUCGACAGGAUGCGCUGAUCUAGAAAAUCUUGUUGCAUCUUUCCAAAGAGAGGAUAAGACAAUUCUCGAUUCCAUUAUAAAAUCUAUUCAAAAACUGUGUACUGAUUUACAUCAUAUCACAUACGAAGUCAUUUUUGCGCCAAUAUUCUCUCAACUAUUGUUGGUGCAAAAGGCACCGGCUUGGACAUUGGAGGCUAAUAAAAUGUCCAAUCUAAGUUCAGAUUUACCCGAUUAUAGUUUCGCCCCUCAAGAAUAUAUCACACAAGUCGGACAGUAUUUAAUGACGUUGCCACAGCACUUGGAACCAUUUCUGUUGAGGGACAAUCCAAGUUUAACGCAAGCGUUGAAGGCAGCGGAUCCACAAUAUGUUCAAGGCUCAAGUGAAUCUGGAUUUACUAGUAUUCUUUUGGACAUUAUUGCCCGAGGAACGUGUCAAAUGUUCCAGGAUCAAACCUUAGGCAUCUGUCAAUUGAAUUCCGUUGCUUGCAAACAACUCGCAACUGAUAUUGAUUAUCUGGGCAAUGUACUGGAGGAGCUCGGUCUGUGUUUAUCGGAAAAUCUUCAACACAUGUCCUUACUGUUGAGAUUACCAUCCGAAGAUUAUCAGAACGGUAGCUCCGGAUGUAAUGCUCGUGUUGUAGCUGCAGUCAGACAAAUGCGCAAUAUUACGUCUUCCGGCUGACACAGUCCGUGUCAAACUGGACACGAUUUCACAAUGUGAGAAAUUUCGUUUACUAUUCCAUAUUUUUAGUAAAACUAAUGAUUUCGCGCGCGA